GACCCCCGGAGCCCUGGGACCCCCAGCCCCGGAACGUGGGACCCCCGGAGCCACAGGACCCCUGUCCCCAGCAUGUGGGACCCCCAGAGCCCAGGCCGUGGGACGUGCAGAGCCCUGGGACCCCUGAGCCCGCAAUGGGGGCACACAGAGCCCCCAGCCCUGGGACCCCUGAGCCCGCAAUGGGGGCACACAGAGCCCCCAGCCCUGGGACCCCUGAGCCCGCAAUGGGGGCACACAGAGCCCCCAGCCCUGGGACCCCUGAGCCCGCAAUGGGGGCACACAGAGCCCCCAGCCCUGGGACCCCUGAGCCCGCAAUGGGGGCACACAGAGCCCCCAGCCCUGGGACCCCUGAGCCCGCAAUGGGGGCACACAGAGCCCCCAGCCCAGGGUGCCCAGAGCCCUCCCGGGCCCGGCCCACCGGGGCUCCGGCCCCACGGACACUGCCCUCGGUACCGGCGGCCGGGGGGGAGCUCGGGGACCCCCCCGAUCCCCGCCUCACCCGGGCCCUGCCCCGGGCUGUCAGACUGUGCUGCUCUUCCUCCUCCUCCUCCUCCUCCUCGUGCUGCUCCCCGAGCCCCGGGGCGGCGGGGGGGUGCACAGGUGUGUGCGUGCACAGGUGUGUGUGUGCACAGGCGUGCACAAGUGUGUGCGUGCACAGGUGUGUGCGUGCACAGGUGUGUGUGUGCACAGGCGUGCACAGGUGUGUGCGUGCACAGGUGUGUGUGUGCACAGGCGUGCACAGGUGUGUGCGUGUACAGGUGUGCACAGUUGUGUCCCCGGCUCCUGUCCCAGGAUGUCACGCGUGUGUUGGGGGGGUCCCGCUGCGCUGGGACACGCGUGUUGCCCCCCCGUCCGUGUGUGUGUGUGUGUGUGUGUGUGUGUGCCCCCGUGUCCCCGCCGUGUCCCCCCGGUGGCUGCGGGGCCCGGUGGCUCCGUGUGUGCCCCCCGUGUCCCCAGGGACGGCCCGGCUGAGGGAGGGUCGGGACCCUCCGUGUGCCCCCCACCCCCGUCCGGCCGGGCCGUGCGUCCCCGAGCCCCCACCCUGCACAGCGAGGGGACACACGGCAGUGUCACCCCCCCCGCAUAGGGAGGGGACACACGGCAGUGUCACCCCGCACAGCGAGGGGACACACGGCAGUGUCACCCCCCCGCAUAGGGAGGGGACACACGGCAGUGUCACCCCGCACAGCGAGGGGACACACGGCAGUUGUCACCCCGCACAGCGAGGGGACACACGGCAGUGUCACCCCCUCACAGCGAGGGGACACACGGCAGUUGUCACCCCGCACAGCGAGGGGACACACGGCAGUGUCACCCCUCCCAGGGAGGGGACGCAGGGCUCAGGGGCCGCAUGGCCCGGCCGCCCCGUAGCGUGUGCUGUGUUUGUCCCGUGUCACCCCUGCAUGUCACCCCCGCGUAGGUGCCCCCAAUAAACCAGACAGAGACCCC